AUGGUGCCACAGGAGUAUGUAGUCCGUGCUCAGCCCCCGGUCCUGUGUCCAGGGUAUGCCAUCCUGCAGGCCAUCAUGGAGAAGGCGGGGCAGAACAACUGGCAGGUGAGCGCCAUCUGUGUGGAGAACUUCAAUGACGCCAACUAUCGGCGGCUGCUGGAGGACCUGGACCGGCGCCAGGAGAAGAAGUUUGUCAUGGACCUGGAGGCCGAGCGGCUGUCCAACAUGCUGGAGCAGAUCGUCAGCGUGGGAAAACAUGUGAAAGGAUACCACUACAUCAUGGCCAAUCUGGGCUUUAAGGACAUCAACCUGGAGCGCUUCAUGCACGGCGGGGCCAACGUGACGGGGUUCCAGCUGGUGGACUUCAGUAACCCCAUGGUCAUCAAGCUCAUGCAGCGCUGGAACAAGCUGGACCAGAGGGAGUACCCCGGCUCCGACACCCCGCCCAAGUACACGUCUGCCCUGACCUACGAUGGUGUGAUGGUGAUGGCUGAGGCCUUCAGGGCUCUGCGCAGACAGAAGGUGGACAUCUCCAGACGAGGAAACGCAGGAGACUGUCUCGCUAACCCUGCAGCGCCCUGGAACCAAGGCCUGGACAUGGAGAGGACCCUCAAGCAGGUGCGGUUGCAGGGACUCACAGGUAAUGUCCAGUUCGAUCAUUACGGCCGACGAGUCAACUACACCAUGGACGUGUUUGAGCUGAAGAGCAACGGACCAAGACGGAUCGGAUACUGGAGCGACUCGGACAAACUGGUUCUGAUCCAGGACUCUCCCCUUCUGCCCAACGACACCUCAGGGAUGGAGAACCGCACUGUGGUGGUCACUACUAUCAUGGAGGGGCCGUACGUCAUGCUGAAGAAGAACUGGGAGAUGUACGAGGGGAACGACCAGUACGAGGGCUACUGCGUGGACCUGGCCUCGGAGAUCGCCAAACACAUCGGCAUCAAGUACAAGAUCUCCAUCGUCCCGGACGGAAAGUACGGCGCCCGGGACCCGGAGACCAAGAUCUGGAACGGCAUGGUCGGGGAGCUGGUGUACGGGAAAGCGGAAAUCGCUGUGGCCCCUUUAACCAUCACGCUGGUCCGGGAGGAGGUGAUCGACUUCUCGAAGCCCUUCAUGUCUCUGGGCAUUUCUAUCAUGAUCAAAAAGCCGCAGAAGUCCAAACCUGGCGUCUUCUCCUUUCUGGACCCGCUGGCCUACGAGAUCUGGAUGUGCAUCGUGUUCGCCUACAUCGGCGUGAGCGUGGUGCUCUUCCUGGUCAGCCGCUUCAGCCCGUACGAGUGGCACACCGAGGAGCCCGAGGAGGGCACCGACGGUCCGCCCAGCGACCAGCCCCCCAAUGAGUUCGGGAUCUUCAACUCGCUCUGGUUCUCCCUGGGCGCCUUCAUGCAGCAGGGCUGUGACAUCUCUCCCAGGUCCCUGUCCGGGCGUAUCGUGGGCGGGGUGUGGUGGUUCUUCACCCUCAUCAUCAUCUCGUCGUACACGGCUAACCUCGCUGCCUUCCUCACUGUGGAGCGGAUGGUGUCUCCCAUCGAGAGCGCCGAGGACCUCGCCAAACAGACCGACAUCGCCUACGGGACCCUGGACUCCGGAUCCACCAAGGAGUUCUUCAGGCGCUCAAAGAUUGCGGUCUACGAGAAGAUGUGGGGCUACAUGAAGUCUGCGGAGCCCACUGUCUUCACCAAAACCACGGCCGAGGGCGUGGCUCGGGUCCGCAAGUCCAAGGGCAAGUACGCCUUCCUGCUGGAGUCCACCAUGAACGAGUACACGGAGCAGAGGAAGCCCUGCGACACCAUGAAAGUGGGCGGGAACCUGGACUCCAAAGGCUACGGCGUGGCCACUCCCAAGGGCUCGCAGCUCGGAAGUGCGGUGAACCUGGCGGUGCUGAAGCUGAACGAACAGGGUCUGCUGGACAAACUGAAGAACAAGUGGUGGUACGACAAAGGAGAGUGCGGCAGCGGGGGCGGCGGCGAGAAGGACAAGUCGUCGCAGGCCCUGAGUCUGUCCAACGUGGCGGGGGUCUUCUACAUCCUGGUGGGGGGUCUGGGGCUGGCUAUGCUCGUGGCCCUCAUCGAGUUCUGCUACAAGUCCAGGAACGAAGCCAAGAGAAUGAAGCUCACCUUUACUGAGGCCAUGCGGAACAAAGCCCGUCUGUCAAUCACCGGCAGCGUGGGCGAGAACGGCCGCGUGCUGACCCCAGACUGCCCCAAAGCCGUGCACGCCGGGCCCCUCCGCCAGAGCUCCGGUCUCGCCCUGGUCUCCUCUGAGAUGCCCUGA